AUGACUCACACAUUCUACGACGGAACCAUUGCAGUGGUUCAGAAACUCCUCAAAACCUUGUCACACAUCCUCCACCAAGCCGAGCAACGUCCCGAUGCCGAUAGUCUGCUCACAGCCCGCCUCCACGAGGACAUGUACCCCCUGACCGAUCAGAUCCGUAUUGUAGCCCAGUACUCCGAGAACCUAGUUGCAAGACUCACCGGUCGCGAGCCAUUGAAGUUCGAAGGCAGUCCGUUGACUUUUGCCAAAUUCUACGAGCGCAUCGAGGCAGUGUUGAAGUCAGCUGGCGAGGCUGAUAAGGAUGUUGUGAAUCAGCAUGCAGACGUCCUUACUCCCACUGCUGUUGGGCCCGAUGCUAUGGUUGAUAUGAGCGGUGCAGCUUACGCGCAUACUGUUGUCUUGCCGAAUGUCUACUUCCAUGUUGCGACUGCAUAUGGAAUCUUGCGGAAGGCGGGUGUGCCUAUUGGCAAGCGGGAUUAUUAUGUUGGAUUCUUUGGUCCUCCUGCUUGA